UUUUGUUUUCCUGAAAAGGAAAUGCCCAUGUUCCUCCUUUUAAACGCGACAGAAAAUUGGUUCAAAAUCCCGAAAAGGAACCAUCCGCGUUUUGCAGUAGAAGGCUCAAUCUAAACAAAAAUUUGGAUUCUUAUUAAAGAAAGCGUUUACCGAAAAUUAGUGUAUUCUAUGCUUGGUUUACAAAGAAAAUCUCAUACCAAUAGCGCCAGUAAAAUUAAGCUUGGAAGACAUGUAAACGAUAAAAAGAGCAUACGUUUGUUUCAAAACAUCAUUUAUCUCAUCGACGAUGCCUUGUCUGAUCAGCAGCAAAACAAUUUGGUCAAUUUACUCAAUAAUAAUGGCGGAUUACCUGCUGGCAAUGAUAAGAAAGCAAAUCUAUAUGUGUCACAAAGCAAACCCUAUGUAUUAGACGAGAGCGUUACGUCUGUUACUCCUUUAUGGGUGGAAAAAGCUAUUGCUAACGGCUUUGUGCAUGAAACACACUAUUAUAUUCCAGGAAAGAAUCAGUUUUUGUCAGGGGAGGUGCUAUUAUUAUUGGAUUUGCCCGACGAUAGCGCUGUCAUUUUUGAGCAGAUCGAGAAAUUUGGUGGACAGUACCGAGACGAUAUUACAGAUGAUCUUACGUGCCUCGUUUGUAUCGAGCCAAGAGGGGUACAAUAUAACGCUUGUAAGGAUCAGGAUAUUCCAGCGGUCCUGCCACAAUGGUUAGACGACUGCUUACGUUAUCAUUGUAGACUAAAGUAUGAACGUUACCGGUUUCCUUCACCCUCCAUCUACUACCAACAUAACCCUCAUCAGCCUACCCUUCACCCCUACCCAACGGACAUGAAAAUAGUGUCGACUUUCUUGCCGUCACCUCAGAAUAUUGAAAGCGAAUUUGGCCCAUCGUCGCCGAAAGCACAUUUAUUCAAAAAUGAAAUCAUUUAUAUCGGAAAGGACGUGAUGUCAGACCAUCGUAAAACGCCCUUAAUACCCAUCAUCAUCAAUUAUAUCAAAAGGGCCGGUGGUCAUGUUCUUUCAGAAUACAAUCGUCAUCUAGUUACCAUCGUCAUUUUGAAAUAUCGAUCCUCUUUGGAAUACAGACAAGCGUUACAGGAUGGGAAAUGGGUAGCCAGUUUUUGGUGGCUAUCCAAUACCCUAGCGAGAGGAUAUUUAUGCGACCCGCGGAGCACUCUCUUAGACUAUCCUGUACCCAAAGUCGGAAUACCUGAAAUGCGUCAUUGUAUAAUUGCAGUGACAGGCUUUAAAGGAGCAGCCAGGUCGUUUAUCAAUGUUUUGAUCGUUGCAGCGGGCGCGAAAUUCUCAGCAGAAAUACAAGCUGAUACAACGCAUUUGAUAUGUGGAGGUGGAUACGGGAACAAAUAUGCACAACUUUUUAAAUACCCUCACGUUAUCAAGGUCAACCAUUUGUGGUUGGAAGAUUGCUAUACACAUUGGAAAAUGCUCGAUCACACCAAAGAUCCACGCUAUACGUACAUACCUGACGACAAUUCACUUCUUGCAGACACCGUUGGGAAAACAAGCCUUUUACAGCACGUUUUAGAUCACUGGAAACAUGACACGAUAGAGGCUGAGCCAAAGGUGAUUUAUGAAGAAUAUCAACAAGAAAACGUGAGUAACAAUGACGACGGUUUUGUGAGAGAGCGUAAACCGCGAAAAGCAGCUUUACGCGCAUUAAGUGUAUUGAAUGAUAUUGUGAUACCUGAUGUAAAUGCAUACGAAAAGGAGCUCAAACAGAAACGUUAAUACCUGGGCCCACAUUAUACUCAAAAUAAAAGAAACAUGCGGGAAUUUGUGACAAAUGCCACACGUACAAAAUAGAGAGUACCUAAUCAAAUCAUAUAAAUAUCUUUGUAUUUCUUUUUUUUUUUAAAAAAAAAAGAAAGAAAAAAGAUUCAUCUGUUUAUUGAUUAUUGGACUUGGGAUUUUUUGAAUUACUUAACUCGAGGUUUUUUUUUUUUUCUUUUUUGGCAUGUGAUAAGCACAGAAUAUACAAGUUCUCGUUUACCAAUGGAUCUCAU